AGGCGGGGCUGUUGGUUGUGGCAUGUGACUAUACUGACUACCAUGCGGAGAUAUCUGUGUUACUAUGCCCACGAUCACCUUGACUUUCGUCUUCCAGAGUUAAACGCUGUUGCAUCUCUGGCUGGUAUCAAUACAUUAACAGUUGUUGAUGAGUAUGACCAUCGUGAAUGCAAGCUGAGUCCAUUUUUCCUGGUUGAUUUGCCGUCAGAGGCUUGUGCUGUCAAUAUGGCGGCACGAUCAAUUCUUAUGAAAUCAGUGUAUGAGUUGUGGGGAUUUGGAUCAACAUUUGGUGCUCUUGUCAAUUCAUUAAGAGAAUUUCCGAGUGCAAGAACGGAUACAUUCUGUAGACCUGACAGUUCAUUUAAGAUUCUCGUAGAAACAUUCUGUAAAAAAGUACCGCUAAGCUACAAAGUACAGCUGAUAGAUAAAUUAAAGUUCCUUCCUCUCAGAGGAAAGUUGCAAUUGACCAAGCCAGAUCACGUGUUUUGUCUGUUUCAAGACUAUGGCUGUGAUCCAAAUUCUGCUCCAUCAGACCCAUACAGAUGGUUCUUUGGACGUCUAGUUGUUCACAGUCAACGUGAAAUAGUCGACCAGUAUUCGGUGAAGAAAAGGCAUUUCAUUGGCAACACAUCCAUGGAUGCACAGCUUACGUUUCUCAUGGCAAAUCAAGCAAAGGUCCAGAAACAUCAGCUUGUGUGCGAUCCCUUUGUAGGAACAGGAAGCAUUCUGAUUGCUUGUGCACAUUUCGGUGCUCACGUAGUCGGUACCGACAUCGACAGCAGAAUACUACGUGGAACAGGCAAAUCAUCACGAGCCGGAGAAAACAGAACACGAGGGCCAGAUGAAAAUCUUCGCUCCAAUCUCCGUCAAUACAAUCUCGAGUCAAAGUAUGGAGAUGUAUUGAUCGCCGAUUUUGCACAGAACACGUGGACUUGCAGGCCACUGUUUGAUGCAAUCGUGACGGACCCUCCGUAUGGCAUAAGAGAAGGAGCAUGGAAAAUUGGGUGCAGGAAAGGAGAAGCAUAUGCAAUACCAGAACAUCUGAGAGAUGGUCAUAUACCUUCGCGCAAGUUGUACCCACUAAGUGAAGUGCUGAGUGACUUGCUAUUGUUUGCAGCUCAUUGUCUUGUGCUGCAUGGUCGACUGGUCUACUGGCUACCUGUCUAUAGAGCAGACUACCAACCAAACCUCAUCCCCACCCAUCCGUGCCUCACACUAAUCACCAACAGCGAACAGGUACUCAGCAAGGACACAUCCCGACGACUACUAACCAUGGAGAAGACAAACGAACCAACACCAGAGACUCACUUGUGCGAGUCAUUGCAAAACAAAUGGUACGACUCAUUUAGAACAAACUACUUUGCUAGACAGCGGAUGAAAUCAGAUCGCGCUAGAGAAACGUCGUCUAGCUCUGUCUCAUAGUUCGUAGCAUCUCUUCGA